CUAAUAGAUUCCACCAAUUUUCUAAAAUGGAACUGGAAUCACCAUUUCACCAUCAUCCUCAACUUUCUCUCUCCUCCACACAACCUCUGCUAGAGAGAGGAACUCAGCGGGAACGAAAACGAAAGCGAAAGGGAGACCCCCCAUUUCUCCCCAGAUGAAAAUGCCCUCCGAACCUGAAGACGAGACUACUCGCCAACCAGCUCCCGCCGAGGUUCUCAUGGAUUUGGAUCUCGACCUCGAUGGUUCGUGGCCCUUGGAUCAGAUCUUUGCGGCGGCGGCGGCCGCCUCCAAUCCUGCCUCGCCCUUUUUGCUGUCCAACUCGGAGCAGCCUUGUUCGCCACUUUGGGCCUUUUCCGAUGAUAAUAACAGCGGAUGUUUCGCCGCCGGUGCCGGUUUCCGCUUAGCUGACUCCUCCAGGAUCCUUUCUUAUGCUGGCAAUCCAGAUACGGCAACUGAAAGUGCAGUUGGCAACGAUGACAGAAAGAAGCUGCCUUCCCCAUUUAUGGGAUUGAUGCCGAUCGACAAUCCCGAUGGAUCCUGUAUAAUAAAGGAAAGGAUGACUCAGGCUCUUCGGUACUUCAAAGAUUUGACUGAACAACAUGUCUUGGCUCAGGUUUGGGCGCCCGUUAAAAAUGGUGGUCGGUAUAUGCUCACAACUUCUGGGCAACCCUUUGUUCUUGACCCCAACAGUAAUGGUCUCCAUCAGUAUAGGUUGGUUUCUCUGAUGUAUAUGUUUUCCGUGGAUGGAGAUACUGAUGGAGACCUCGGACUUCCAGGACGUGUGUUUCGGCAAAAGUUGCCGGAAUGGACACCAAAUGUGCAGUAUUACUCCAGCAAAGAGUUUCCACGUCUGAACCAUGCUUUGCAUUACAAUGUUAGAGGAACUUUGGCUUUGCCUGUAUUUGAGCCAUCUGGACAGUCUUGUGUUGGCGUGCUUGAGCUGAUAAUGACCUCCCAGAAGAUCAACUAUGCUCCGGAGGUUGAUAAAGUUUGCAAGGCACUGGAGGCAGUGAAUUUGAAAAGUUCAGAGAUAUUGGAUCAUCAGAGCACACAGAUAUGCAAUGAAGGUCGCCAAAAUGCAUUGGCGGAAAUCUUGGAGAUCAUUACGGUGGUAUGUGAAACUCACACAUUACCGCUAGCUCAGACCUGGGUUCCAUGCAGGCAUGGCAGCGUGCUAGCAAAUGGUGGUGGGUUUAAGAAAACUUGCAGUAGCUUUGAUGGGAGCUGUAUGGGACAGGUUUGCAUGUCCACAACGGAUGUAGCAUUUUACGUUGUGGAUGCUCGAAUCUGGGGUUUCCGAGAGGCUUGUGCUGAGCAUCACUUGCAAAAGGGCCAAGGUGUUGCUGGUAGGGCAUUUGCGUCACACAACGUAUGUUUCUGCCAAGAUAUUACAGAAUUUUGCAAGACUGAAUACCCAUUGGUACACUAUGCACGGAUGUUUGGAUUGAAAAGUAGUUUUGCAAUUUGUUUACGGAGCAAGCAUACUGGAAAUGAUAACUAUAUCCUGGAAUUUUUUCUGCCUCCUACUAUUAGAAGCUAUGAAGACCAGCAGACCUUGUUGGACUCCCUUUUAGUUACAAUGAAGCAGCAUUUUGGGAGCCUGAGGGUUGCUUCAGGGAAAAACCUUGAUGAUGAGUGGAGGUCCAUUGAGAUUAUUAAGGCAUCCGUGGAUGACAAACUUAAUUUAAGGCCUGAUUUUGCAGCUACAUCUCCACCUAGGCCUUCUUCUGUACCAAAUGGGGAAACUGUGCAGCUUGAUGCUCUUGAAGGACAGGUAGUGAUGACUGAAUUUAAUGCUACAAAUAUUAAAGGAAAUGUUGGUAGUCCCACGGAAGUUCAUAAUGCUGCAUCUGGUGGUGAAACAAAAGAUACAGGCAAGAAGCCAGAGAGAAAGCGAGGGAAGGCUGAGAAAACAAUUAGCUUAGAGGUUCUGCAGCAAUAUUUUGCUGGCAGUCUGAAGGAUGCUGCAAAGAGUCUCGGUGUUUGCCCCACUACAAUGAAGCGUAUCUGUAGGCAGCAUGGAAUCUCUCGCUGGCCCUCUCGCAAGAUAAAUAAGGUUAAUCGUUCUCUUUCAAAGCUAAAGCGAGUAAUUGAAUCGGUACAAGGUGGUGAAGGAACCUUCAAUUUGACUUCUUUGGCUACAAGUUCUAUUCCUGUUACAGUUGGUUCAAUUUCUUGGGCAGCCAAUUUGAAUGGAAUGAACCAACAAAUCUCACCUGGCUCUGGACCAUCUGAAUUUCAGGAAGAGAAGAAAGAGGUUUCUAUUACUAAAGCCCCUGGAGCUGAUGAACAGGCAGAGGGCUCAAAUCAUAUUCUAGGAGAUAGGAAUGUAGAAACCCAGAAACUCACUCAUGGAGCUGGGUUUUUGCCUGGUGAAUGCUCAAAUCGAUCCAGAACGGGGAGUGGCUCAAGAGAAGAGAGCACAGGGACCCCCACUUCCCAAGGUUCAUGUCAAGGUAGCCCAUGCCGUCGAAAUGAAACCUCCCCUCAAAAUGAUCCAGUUGUUUCACCUAUUGAUGAACACCACAUGAAAAUGGGAGGCUCCCAUGAAUUGGUGUGUCAACAAACCAGAGAAAUUAAUUUAUCAGCCGCAUUCCCUGCUCCUGAUAAUUUUAUGACAGUACCCGAGGAGCCAUUUGGCGGAAUGCUAGUUGAAGAUGCCGGAAGCUCACAUGAUCUGAGGAAUUUGUGUCCAGCUGGGGAAGCUUUAUUUGAUGAGCACGUCACGGAGUACAGUUGGACAAAACCACCAUGUGCCGACACCAUUCCCAAAGAUCGCCUGGCUGCUCCAGCUGAUCAUAUGCCGCGAUUUGCUUCCAGGCCAGAAGUGAAAACCAUCACUAUAAAAGCUACAUACAGAGAAGACAUCAUCAGGUUUCGGAUUCCAAUUGAUUCCGGUAUUGUCAAGUUAAAAGAAGAAGUGGCCAAGAGGCUGAAGUUAGAGCUGGGCACGUUCGAUAUCAAGUAUCUUGAUGAUGAUCACGAGUGGGUUUUAAUAGCUUGUGAUGCAGACUUGCAAGAAUGCGUUGAUAUAUCAAGAUCAUCUGGUAGCAAUAUAAUCAGGCUGUUGGUGCAUGACAUUAUGGCCAAUCUUGGGAGCUCUUGUGAGAGCUCAGGCGAAUAAGAAGCAGUUUAGGUGUACACAGGUAAGCUCGUAGAGAUUCUUGUUGUGCUAGGAUGAUUCAACUUAACUGUAGAUUUUUGUGUAUUUGGCAUCUCCUGUAUUUUUCAGAGUCUUCUGUAGUGCAACUUAUUUUGGGAUUGGGAGAAAUAAAUCUUUCUUCUCAUUUUUCUUGACAAAGAACCUGUGAAUAUUUGUCACGCCUGUUCAGUGUAUCUUAAGAUGUACAUGCUUAGAAUUCAAAUCCUGAAUGGUCUUCUGUACGCUGAAGAUCUCUCAAGUAUUUAUUAUAUUUCAUUCA